CAUGCUACCGAAGUCUCACAUGGAAAGAACAAGAUGGCGGGCUUUAUGAAACUUCUAACGUGACACUCCAUUCCAUCGCGAAAUUCCCUAGAAACAUCGCCAAGAAGCGGACGUUAUAUUACUCUUAGGUUCUUCAUAGAACCCCUAGGUUUUCAAGUUUAUCUGAGUGGAAGUAUCGUCAAGAACAAGCCUUAAACAUGUCGAAUUUUAGCGAUUUGUUACAGCAAGCUGAACAGUUGACGGCGGACAUGGAUAGCGGUUGGGAAUUACCGAGAAUUGAUCGCAACCUCCAUCAGCUCGCUGAGGCAGGACAGAGACUGCUCUCGCGUAGUAGUACUACGGCAGGCGAGAGGGCUGAUGUGAAAGCCUCUAUACUACUGGGCUCUAAAGGUUUUGAUGUCCCUAAGCUCUCUGAAAAACUGGACCAGCUUGACACAACCAAGACAUUUGAGCCAAUUGAGCCGGUCAGGGAGACAGAUAUCCAGGGAUUUCUCAGGAAUGAAAGAGAGAACGCAAUUCUUUCCGCUAUUGAAGAAGCUAGAAAAAGUACAUUUGCCCAGUCCAAGAAGUACCAGUGGAGUUGUAUGGAGAGUGAACUAGAGCAGGAGAAAGAGAAAAUUUUCAACUCUCUGCUUGGUGCCCAGGAAUCAGUUGAGUUUCUACCUGAGCCAGAGGUAUUCUCUGCUAGUUCUCUGAACAUGCAUGGUCGAUCUGCUCUAGAUGCCACUGAACUUGCAUAUGCACGCCAGGUUUACAUUCACAAUGAGGCUGCGGUCACUGGGAUGCCUCACAAUAUUGUUGAUGGCUUCCUAGAAGUCGCAGACCGCCUUGAAGAGAAGAGUGUUAGAGACUUCUGGCCCUUUAUCAAAGACCUUGGUGAGAUAGGCCACUCACGCGAAUCCCCUCACAAAAUAAGGUUCUCACCAGAAUUCCAAGUCCAAUUUUUAGAAAGAGCCAGACAUUUCCUUGAGGAAAGGUACCUGAGAUACGUACAGGAAACAGUCUAUGACAACCUCCAAAGUGCACAGCUAGGAGGCGUGCCUGGGACCUUCCCCCUUGUUAAAAGUUUCCUCAAGAUUAAGCUACCACAUGGGGCCCAAGGACUUGAGGAUGGGGAUCUGGAUGGUACCCCUAUAUGGCCGUUAAUAUACUAUUGCAUGCGAUGUGGAGACCCUGAUUCUGCCCUUCAGGCAGUAGGGUACAUUCCACAACACCUUAGCGAUUUCAAGGACUUUUUCCGGGAAUAUAUCAACAGUGAUAGAAGAAGAAUUAACCCCAGCACAGAAAGCAAAGUGCGCCUUCAGUAUCGCAGAUCAGUGCGUACUAGCCAAGAUCCAUUUAAAAGGGCGGUGUACUGCCUGGUUGGCCACUGUGAUUUGGCAGAUAAUCACCAGGAACUUGCCACAAAGACGGAGGAUUACUUGUGGCUGAAGUUGAGUCUUGUAAGUGUUGAUCAGAGUGAUGCCCAAGAUGAAAUGACAUUAGACCAACUACAAAUUCUACUCCUUGAACAGUUUGGCGAGACUCACUUUGGUGCCUACCAGCAACCCUUCCUGUAUUUCAUGGUCUUGUUCCUUACUGGUCAGUUUGAGGCUGCAGUUGAGUUCUUAUCACGAGUGGAAUUCUUUAGAAGUCAUGCUGUUCACAUCGCCAUCUCCCUGUAUGAGAUGGGUCUUCUAGCAGUUUCGGAAUCAUUGCAAACACAAUUACUGACAACUGACCCCAGUACCCCCCAGCCAUUCAGGCAGCUCAACUUUGCACGUCUCAUCAUGUCUUACACACGCAAAUUUGAAAUGACAGACCCAAGAGAAGCGUUGCAGUACUUCUAUCUCUUGAGAAACAUCAAGAGACCCCAUGGCGGAGAUCUUUUCAUGGAAUGCGUCAGUGAGCUUGUACUAGAGACCAGAGAGUUUGAAAUGCUUCUUGGAAAACUGGAACCUAAUGGCACUAGAAAGCCUGGUUGCAUCGACAAGUUCCAGCGAGAUCGCCAAGACACACAGGCUAUUAUUGAAAGAGUUGCCAAAGAUACUGAGGAAAAAGGGCUGUUUGAAGAGGCAAUUCGUCUCUAUGACCUUGCCAAAAACCAUGACAAGACUAUUGAGCUCAUGAACAAGCUAAUCAGCCAGGUAGUAUCAACAUGCGGUGCCCCACAGUCACCACGGGACCGGCUUCAUAACAUGGCUGUAGAGAUAGCUGAUAGGUAUCGUGCACAGGGCCACAACGCAAGCCAGAGCCGAAUGAGCACCUUCUUUCUCUUACUAGACCUGAUGCAAUUCUUUGAUCUCUACCACGGCAACCAGACCGACACUGCAUUAGAUGUGAUUCAGAAACUCAAGCUGGUACCACUAAGUAGUGAGACAGUUGAGGAGCGAGUUGCAGCGUUCAGACAGUACAACGAUGAGAUUCGACGAGUUCUCCCUGAUGUGUUGCUAGCGACAAUGAAUAUUCUUUACACUAAGUACCGUGGCACCAAGUCGAGCGGUCAAAGUCCUCUUUUGGACCGAAGGAGAGAUGACGGUGGGAUGGAGCAGUUGCGUAUGAUCUUACGUCGACAAGCUCGCUCCCUUCUCACCUUCGCGGGCCUCAUCCCAUACCGCAUGCCAGGGGACACUAACGCGCGUCUUGUCCAGAUGGAGGUCCUUAUGAACUAAACAUGAAGACCAGCCAAGCUCGACCCCAGAUAAGACCUUAAACACCAGAUGGAGGUCCUUAUGAACUAAACAUGAAGACCAGCCCAGCUCGACGCCAGAUAAGACCUUAAACACCAGAUGGAGGUCCUUAUGAACUAAACAUGAAGACCAGCCCAGCUCGACGCCAGAUAAGACCUUAAACACCAGAUAUAGGUCCUUAUGAACUAAACAUGAAGACCAGCCCAGCUCGACCCCAGAUAAGACCUACACUAGUCAACCACACAUUUGUUAUUUUUAUUCCACGUUGAAAGACAAACAAUGUGAAGAAAUCUCGAAAAAGACAUCUGAAAGUAAGGAUCUAUACCCUAUUUACCAAAUCCAAUCUUAAAUAUCGCAAAAGCUUUCCCAAAAUAGCCGAUUUAAGUGUGUGUUAUCUCACACUCCUGUGCUAGGAUGACAAGAGCGCAGCUGAGAGACGUUUUAAACAGAUAUUCUUAUACCUGUCAUAUUUUCAAUGUUGGAGCUAGACAAUAAUAAUAUUUCAUGCAGAUUUAGCCAAUGAAAGGUCGACAUAGCAAAAAGUGGUGUCCAUCGCGUGAACAGAGGCUUAGUGUUAUCAUGUCUACAUUGUUCUCUCUUGCAUAAGCUCAUUCAAAGACUGGGUCUUUCCAUUUGUAAUUAGGCUCUGUACGGAAAAUAAAACAAAAUCAUUUAUAUUUCCA